CCCGGUUCCCGGUGGUCCCGGUGAAACACUGUAGUGAAAUGAAUAUUGAAUAAUUGCUUGAUAUUAAUAGGUAUUCGAGCAUUAAAUACCGUUGUAAAUAAUCUAAUAGAAUUCUUGAUUAUUCGUCAUACAAUAAAAAGCUUGUUGAAUAUUUCCAUGAUGGAGGAAUCUGUUAUUAAGUUUGACAUAAAGGAGGUUAAGUGUGAUCUUCUGAGAGCUAUACGCGAAUGUUCUCAACGAGGACUAAUGAACACAACAAAAUGGCUGGCAGAGUUGAAUUAUUCGCUAAAAGAUGCAAAGUUGGAUUACCUGGACAUGUCGAGUGAUGCGAGUAUGUCAGAUCCAAGUGGAGAAGAAGACAUGUAUAUGCUAGCAAAGAGUUAUUUCGAUCUUCGUGAAUAUGACAGGGCAGCAUAUUUCCUGGAAGAUUGCAAAACACCGAAGUCGCGUUUUCUCUAUUUGUACUCUCGCUAUUUGUCAGGAGAGAAGAAAAAGAUAAACGACAUGACAGACGUUCCACCCGAUCCAAUGCAGAAUGGGGAUUUGAAGUUGCUAUGCGCAGAUUUAAGGAAAGAGCAUUUGGCAGGAACCUUGGAUGGUUUUGGAUUGUAUUUAUUUGGAGUAACAUUGAAGAAAUUGCAGUUAACGAGAGAAGCCAUUGAUGUUUUGGUCGAGUCUUGUUACGGGCAACCGAUGCAUUGGGGAACUUGGCUCGAGUUGGCGGCGUUAAUAACAGACCGCGAAAAAUUGGAAGCCCUAACUCUUCCGAACCAUUGGAUGAAACAUUUUUUCAUGGCUCACAUGUACCUCGAACUUCAACUCUUAGACGAAGGUCUCGCUCUUUAUCGCGAGUUGCAGGCCAUGGGCUUCGAAAACAACGGCUAUGUUCUCGCUCAAACUGCGAUCGCUGUACACUAUGGUCGGGACGUUGAUAAUGCCAUUGAAAUAUUCAAAAGAAUCAUCAAAGACGAUCCUUUCUGUCUUGACAAUAUGGACACUUAUUCAAAUCUACUUUACGUCAAGGAAUUAAAGGUUGAACUUGCCCAUCUUGCGCACAAGGCCACCCAAAUCGAUAAGUAUCGACUCCAAACCUGCUGUAUUGUAGGAAAUUAUUACAGUUUAAGAGCCGAUCAUCAAAAAGCUGUGAUGUACUUUCACAGGGCAUUGAAACUAAAUCCCCAGUAUCUCUCAGCUUGGACUUUACUUGGGCACGAAUUUAUGGAAAUGAAGAAUACAAAUGGGGCUAUUCACAGUUAUCGACAAGCUAAGUAAAUCGAAGAGAUUAUCGAGCCUGGUACGGUUUGGGACAGACUUAUGAAAUACUCAAAAUGCCUUUUUACGGGCUUUACUAUUAUAAGCAGGCCCAACUAUUAAGACCUCACGACAGCCGUAUGUUUUUGGCAUUGG